GAUGACACAGUUGUUCCCCCAGCCCUGCGGGGCGGGCAGCAUGGUUCACUCCAGCAUGGGGGCUCCAGAAAUAAGAAUGUCUAAGCCCCUGGAGGCCGAGAAGCAAGGUCUGGACUCCCCGUCAGAGCACACAGACACUGAAAGAAAUGGACCAGACACUAACCAUCAGAACCCCCAGAAUAAGACCUCCCCAUUCUCCGUGUCCCCAACUGGCCCCAGCACCAAGAUCAAGGCUGAAGACCCCAGUGGCGACUCAGCCCCAGCAGCACCCCCGCCCCCCCAGCCGACUCAGCCACAUCUGCCCCAGGCCCAACUCAUGUUGACGGGCAGCCAGCUAGCCGGGCUCACGGCGCUGAUGCCAGCUCAGCAGCAGCUCCUCCUGCAGCAAGCGCAGGCCCAGCUCCUGGCCGCCGCCGUGCAGCAGUCCACUGCCGCCGCCGCUGCCGCUGCCGCCUCCUCCACCUCCUCCUCCUCUUCCUCCUCCUCUUCCUCUGCCUCCUCCUCGACCUCGCAGCCCCCAGCCUCCUCUGGGGGAGGUGACCUGCCACCACCACAGCCUGCCAGCCAGCCCCCCGGGACCCCACAGCUCACCCUGUCCCAGCCCAUCCAGCUCACAGCACAGGACAUACAGCAGCUCCUCCAGCUCCAGCAGCUGGUGCUCGUGCCGGGUCACCACCUCCAGCCACCUGCUCAGUUCCUGCUGCCACAGGCCCAGCAGAGUCAGCCAGGCCUGCUACCGACGCCAAAUCUAUUCCAGCUACCUCAGCAAACCCAGGGAGCUCUUCUGACCUCCCAGCCCCGGGCCGGGCUGCCCACACAGGCCGUGACCCGCCCCACGCUGCCCGACCCGCACCUCUCGCACCCGCAGCCCCCCAAAUGCUUGGAGCCACCAUCCCACCCUGAGGAGCCCAGUGACCUGGAGGAGCUGGAGCAGUUCGCCCGCACCUUCAAGCAACGCCGCAUCAAGCUGGGCUUCACGCAGGGUGACGUGGGCCUGGCCAUGGGCAAGCUCUACGGCAACGACUUCAGUCAGACGACCAUCUCCCGCUUCGAGGCCCUCAACUUGAGCUUCAAGAACAUGUGCAAACUCAAGCCCCUCCUGGAGAAGUGGCUCAACGACGCAGAGACUAUGUCUGUGGACUCAAGCCUGCCCAGCCCCAACCAGCUGAGCAGCCCCAGCCUGGGUUUCGACGGGCUCCCGGGCCGGAGACGCAAGAAGAGGACCAGCAUCGAGACAAACGUCCGCUUCGCCUUAGAGAAGAGUUUUCUAGCGAACCAGAAGCCUACCUCAGAGGAGAUCCUGCUGAUCGCAGAGCAGCUGCACAUGGAGAAGGAAGUGAUCCGCGUCUGGUUCUGCAACCGGCGCCAGAAGGAGAAACGCAUCAACCCCUGCAGCGCGGCCCCCAUGCUGCCCAGCCCUGGCAAGCCGGCCAGCUACAGCCCCCAUCUGGUCACACCCCAAGGGGGCGCCGGGACCUUGCCGCUGUCCCAAGCUUCCAGCAGUCUGAGCACAACAGUUACUACCUUAUCCUCAGCUGUGGGGACGCUCCACCCCAGCCGGACAGCCGGAGGGGGUGGGGGCGGGGGCGGGGCUGCGCCCCCCCUCAAUUCCAUACCCUCUGUCACACCCCCACCCCCGGCCACCACCAACAGCACAAAUCCCAGCCCUCAAGGCAGCCACUCGGCUAUUGGCUUGUCGGGCCUGAACCCCAGCACGGGAAGCACAAUGGUGGGGUUGAGCUCCGGGCUGAGUCCAGCCCUCAUGAGCAACAACCCUUUGGCCACUAUCCAAGCCCUGGCCUCUGGUGGAACCCUGCCCCUUACCAGCCUUGAUGGCAGCGGGAACCUGGUGCUGGGGGCGGCCAGCGCGGCCCCGGGGAGCCCCGGCCUGGUGACCUCGCCGCUCUUCUUGAACCACGCUGGGCUGCCCCUGCUCAGUGCCCCGCCUGGCGUGGGCCUGGUCUCGGCAGCCGCUGCGGCCGUGGCGGCUUCCAUCUCCAGCAAGUCUCCUGGCCUAUCCUCGUCCUCCUCCUCAUCUUCCUCCUCCUCCUCCACCUGCAGCGAGGGGGCAGCACAGACCCCUGGAGGCCCUGGGGGGCCCGAGGCAGGGUCCAAGCCCGAGUGAGGGCCCGCCAUGCCUCCCCUCCUACUCCUCUGACCCCCACCUCGGUCCCCCGCCUGGGAAGAGGGCGCGGAGGCCAGCGGUGGGGGCGCAGAGGGUCCUUGGAGCAGGAGUGACAAGGGAGGAAAGACCAAAAAAAAACCAACCAACCAAAAAAAAAAAGAAAGAAAAGAAACCAACCAACAGAAAAGAAAACCAAAAAUAAUCACAACAGAAAGCAGCUGCCCCAAAGGAACCAGAGGUGAAAAACAAACAAACAUAAAAAACCAAAAACAAACAAAAAAUUCCCCAGAAAACCAAACAAACCCAAAACCAGUCUGGAGCCAGACCUCAGUGUGCUCACCCUCACCGCUACAACACCAAAUAACCCCAGCCAGGGGUGGAGAAGCCUGGCAGGGCGGACCUCACGCCGAGCCCCUGGGUGUGGGGCCAACCCCAAGCUUUGCCUCCCCCGGCGGGGGCCAGAGAAGGAAAAAAAGAAUGUGCCAGCCUCGCAGCCCCAGCCCCCAGCCCUGGGCCGGCGAGGAGAGGGCACAGCCUGGGGCAGAUGGAGUGGGCUCAGAACCACCCUCCAAAUGUUCUUUUCCAGAAGGUGAAAGAGAAAGGGCCUGAACAACCUUACACCAAAUAUUCAGUAGCUUCAUCCAAAGGAUGUACAGAAUUUUUAGCGUUGCGCUCAACAGAAUGUGUCCCUACCAUGUGUCUCCCUCUACCCUGGCCCCCAGCUCUCCCCACCUGGGCGGGGGUCUUGCUGUAACCUCCUCCCUCCCCCAGCCAGGGGAGAGUUCAGGGGAAGGCCUGGGAUGACUUCACCCCUUGUACCUCCUCCUUUUCCCUUUGAAGGGUGGGCUAGGCCAUUUUGCCAAGUUCUAGCUCUCACACGUCCCCCCUCAACCCUGUCACCCUUUUCUGCUCUGGAAUCUGCCCCCUCCCCAGCCCAUGGGAAGGUGGAAGUUUCAGGCAAGAGGGAAUGAGGUGAGGGCAUUCAAGUUGUCUUUUUUUCCAUCCUCCUCUGUUAGUUUCCCUGAAAAAAAAAUUCAUAUUCCAGUGCCUAUCCGUGGGAUCCUUCACGUUCUUUGACAUUGACCAAAAACCAAAAAGAGAACUCACCUCGCUCUUCCCACCCUGUGCCCCUCUGAUACUGGCAGAUGCCUCUUCCUCUCCCCCCACACACAUGCACACACGCACGCACCCCAGUGGUGGGUUCCUCGAGAUGGCAUCCCCAUCAGGGUCCAGGUGGCGGGGACAGUGCCAUGACCUGUGGUCCCCAUCCGAGAGGGCGCUGUGGUGGCCACCACUCCCAUGAGACCUCCCUCGAGUCUUGGCUGGACCCUGUGUUUGCCCAGCCCUGGACACCUCUCAACGGACAGAGGAGAGACGCCGCUGGGAGCCACUUUGCCCUCCUGCUAUUGUGGAGGCCAACAAAGUUUUGAACCAAAAAAAACAAAAACAAAAAACCAAACAAACAAUAAAUUAAAACUAGAAAAAUAAAAGAAUUUAUAGAUAUAUAUAUAUUUAAGGGAAAGAAGACGAGGACUCUUCAAGAAUAAGAAGGAGCCGCGAGGUGGAGCCAAGCCCCUGCACCAGUGGUCCAGGCCCUUGGUCCCCGAGGCGGAUGGAAGGACGGAUGCUUCUUUCUCUUCACAAAUACCUCAUGGACGUCGUCUUCGGGAAAGCCGGAGGGGGGCGGCUGGGGCAGGGCCUGUCCCUCAGCCAGGGCAGAUGGAAGCGGGUGGGCAGGGCUGAGAGAGGGUGUCAGGGACAGGGGUAAAGAGCCCCAAGCUCCCCGCCCCCCAAUCAAUUGAAAAAGCUUUAAAAAAAAAACAG